AUGGAUCUUCCUAGAGGAUUGACGCUAGAACAAGCGCAUGCUGAGCGUAUUAAUAGAGAGAUGGUAGAUCUAAGGCAACAGAUGCAAAGGAGAAGAGAUAACCGUCCACAACAACAACCGCCUCGUCGUGAAGAAGAUUUCAGAGUGGAUUUCCCUAAUUUUGAAGGUAAUCUGAAUCCAGAUGACUUUCUCGAUUGGUUGAGAUCUAUGGAGAUGGCGUUUGAAUACAACACUUAUGACGAUGAGAAGAAAUUUAAGUUAAGGUGUGAUGUUCAAGAGCCACAAGAAAGGACCAUUGUGCGUUUUGUGCAUGGUUUGAAUGAGGAGACUGCGUCUAAGGUGGAGCUGCAAACUUUCUGGACUCUUGAUGAUGCUAAGAAGCUUGCUAUCAAGGUGGAGAAGCAGAAUAGAGCGGGAAAGAAACCAUACACCAGAWCAUACAAUUCUGGUUCUUCUUUUAAUCCUAGGGUGGCUGUUAAAGGAGAGAUGAGUUGUAGCAGCAAGAGGAUGGAUCCAAAGGUUACUACAACAGCGCCUAUAGACCUGAGUACAAAGAAGAAGUGUUUUAAGUGUCACGGAUUUGGUCAUUUUCAGGUUGAUUGUCCUAAUCGAAGAGUUAUGACAAUUCACGAGAUUUAG